CUGGGACGGAUAUAGGCCAGAAAAUAGCUGACAGUUCUGGUCUGUUCUUUAUUGUUUCGUUUAUCAAUUGCAAUGGCGCUUUCUUCCUCAUUCCGCCUGGAAAUUGACCAGGUAGCCUUUGAAGAAAGCUCAUGUGUGCGCAAGGUGAUGCUAAAUAGGCCUCAAAAGCUCAACAGCCUCACUUUUGAUAUGGUUUCUCAAAUAUUUAAAGCCUUGGAAGCAUAUGAAAAUGAUUCUACUGUUAAACUAGUGAUUUUGAAGGGAAAAGGAAGAUCCUUUUGCGCUGGUGGGGACGUAACGGGAAUUUUCUAUUCUGGAUUUGGAGGACACUGGAGCUUUGCUGCGAGAUUUUACAAGAAACAGCUUGCUUUAGACUAUUUGAUUGGUACCUACAAGAAACCUUUGGUUUCACUCAUAAAUGGAAUUGUAAUGGGAGGUGGAGCUGGACUUUCAAUGCAUUCAAGGUUUCGAGUUGUCACAGAGAACACUGUAUUUGCUAUGCCAGAAACAAGUAUAGGCCUAUUCCCAGAUGUUGGUGCAUCCUAUUUCCUUUCUAAACUCCCAGGCCAUUUUGGAGACUACCUGGCACUAACCGGAGCUUCAAUCAAGGGUGCUGAAAUGCUUGCCUGUGGUCUAGCAACCCAUUUUGUCCCUUCAAAGAAUAUUGCUUUAUUAGAGAACGCCCUAAAUGAAGUAACUUCUUCAAAUCCAUCAACAAUUUCAAGCCUCAUAAACAAAUUUUCACACACAAUGGAUGUAAAGCAAGGUUGUGCUUUUGAAAGAUUGGAAGUGAUCAAUAGAUGUUUUUCGAGAAAAACAGUAGAAGAAAUAUUACAAUCACUUGAAAAAGAAGCUGAAAAUGGUGAAGAGAAGUGGAUUAAGGAAGCAAUAAGAUCUAUGAAGUCAUCCUCCCCAACAAGCCUUAAAAUAACUUUUAGCGUGAUGAGAGAAGGGCGUAAGCAAAAUUUUGAAGACACCCUACAUCGUGACUACCUUAUUGCUUGUCACAUGGCAAUGAGGAGAGUGAACAAUGAUUUUUUUGAGGGUUUAAGAGCUCUAUUAUUUGACGAGGAUAAAAAACCAAAGUGGGAACCCUCAAGGCUAGAGUUAGUGAGUGAAGAAAGGGUGAAUAAGCAUUUUACCAAAAUUGAAGAUACUAAUUGGGAAAAACUUGAACUUCCUUUUAGGCGCAACACCACAAUCCAAAGAAUGGCGAGAUUAUAGCUAUCUAGGCAGCCUAAUUACAAUAGAUAUUCAAGGAAAAAGAAAAAAAGAUUGAACAUAUGAUCUAUCUGAUACUUUAUAUUUGCAAUAAACUAAUAAUAAUCAGUGUAAGUUUAACCAAGAAUAAGCAACAUGAAAAGUUGUAAUGUUAGUUUAAAAACAUAAGUUUAAUUUAUGUCAAGAUAUUAGUGGUUAAUGCAUAAU